GGGUUCUGAGGAGACUUUUGGGGUCCCCAGAGGGGUUUUGGGGUCCCCGGGGGGGUUUUAGGGCUCCGGGGGGGUUUCGGGCGGGUUUUGGUUUCCCGGGAGCCGCGGUUGCGGGUUGGGGCCUGCGGGCCUCGCUGAGGCCUCCGCGGUUCCGGGGCGAUUUUGGGUUUUCUGGGGGCCCCGUCCCCCCCUUCCCCCGGGUUUUGGGGUCCCCCCUCCUCCCUUAACCCCCACCAUCCCCCUUUUUGAGGGGCUUCCCCCCAUUUUGGGGACCCCUCCCCAUUCCCCCCCCGCCGUUUUUCUGGCCCCGCCCCCAUGGCCGACCCCUCCCCCGAGCCCUCGGGGGGUCCCCGGGAGCCCCGAACGGGCCCGGAUCGGUCCCGGGGCGCCCCCCGGGGCCGCCCCCCCGCGCGCACCCGCCUGCGGAACCGGCGCUUCGCGGCCCUCAGGGAGCUGCUCCGAGAGGGCGAUUACUUCAGCGAGGAGCGGAUGCGGCUGCGGGCGCCGCGGCUCUUCCAGCACUACAUCGGCCGCUUCCGAGAGCCCCAAAACCCCCGGAACCGACCCCAAAUCCUCGGGAAUGAGCCCAGAAUCCCCUGGAAUGAGCCCAAAAUCCUCGGGAAUGAGCCCAAAAUCCCCGAUUCCAUUGGGACCCUGUGGGGAUUUUGGGGUUUUGCAGCCGAGGAGGAGGAGGAGGAGGAGGAGGAGGAGGAGGAGGAGGAGGAGGAAGAGGAUGAGGAGGGUGAGGAGCGGAUCCCGGACGCGGCCGAGCAGGAAUUGCUGCGCCUGGAAUUCACCACCCGGAUGUACCAGAGCUUCCUGGAGGGCCAGGACGGGGAUUUCGACUACAGCCAGGUGGACGAGAACCCGGAUCUGGACAACCUGGACAUCGUUUCCCGGGAUUUGGAGGAUCGAUAUUUCGAUGAGGAGGAGCCCAGCGAGGCCCCCCAGCUGGACUAGGGACCCCCAGAAUUCCCAAAAUUCCAUCCCAAAAUUCCCAGAAAUAAAGGGGAUCCCCCCACCCCAUCCCAAGGAAUCUCCUCCAGGCCUGGGGGUUUUGGGGGGAAAUUGGGA